GUUUUAUAGAUAAUAUUCUAAAUAUAGAAAAUAAAUUUUAAAAUCAAUAUUGUAAAACCAUAAUCCAUUUUAUGCAGAAAGUAUUAAGAAAAUUGUCAUAUACUCAAUGCAGCAAAGAUGUCUUCGGAGCAAUCGAAACACAUUUGCUUGAAUUGUCUGUUGAAACCUUACUUAAACAAUGCUUUUAUUUUUGGUUUCUACCUUCAAAUUACUUCUAAUUGUGGAACCAACCAAUCUUCUACCUUUGUACCAAAAUUUUUAAAAUGGUGCUAUUGUCCAAUCAUCGAGUUUUUUUUAUGGGAACAUUUCUUUCUCAUGUCGUGGCAAACAAUUCCUGUGUUAAGUCGAUCUGCCCCUUGUGUCGCUUCGUAUUCUGUGAUCAAGAAAGGACUCGCAACAUUCAAAAUGAUUGGUAUAUUUUUGUCAUUCGUGGGAGCUUCGAAUUUUACUAUAGUAAAACGAAACGCGAUUAUCCUUGAUAUAAGAUUGAGGCAUUCAUUUUUUCACAAUAAAAUGGCACACGUGAUAAUAAAUAACGUUUGUUUGCUUGUGUCCGUUAUUGUAAUCGCAUUUCAAUUCAGUUUGGCAAUAGUCAAUCUUUUCACUUUGUAUCCAUUGUGGCAGAAAGACAAACUGUAUAAGUAUGAAGAAAUCUUCUGCUCUAUGGAAUAUGGCAUGUGGAUUUCUUUUCUGAUUUCAGAAAUUGCUUAUCUCUUCUUAUUAGCAGGGAUAAUUGGAUUCGUUACAGUGAAAGAAUAUCAACAACUAUCCAAAGAAUUAACAUUAUUGUUAAGAAAUUCUAAUCAUCUACGCCUGAAAUUAGAAGAAUUCAUGUCUCAUCAUCAAGAACUAUGGGAUUUCAUAUCGAUAAUAAAUAAUAAACUGUAUUUUCUCGUUCUUGUUGUUCACAUUUAUCUCACAUUCGGAACAUGCUUUGCUUAUUACAUGUAUUUGUUUUUAGGCAUAGAUAAAGCCUUCGAGUUUAUAUUACUCGGUUUGAUCAUAAUAGGUACUAUAGUUUGUAUUAUUUAUGGAUUUCUUGUGUGUUGGAUCGCCUUUACGAUGGAAAAUACUUUCCAAGAUAUUCGACGGUACGCUGGUUUCAAUCUGUCACUACAAAUGAAAUUGAAGAUUUUAAAUUUUAUGAAGAGAUUUGGGACAGUGGCAUUAACUCUUUCGAUUGGAGGAGUAUUGGAUGUUACCAAGAGAUUUCCUUUUCAGUUGGCUAAAACUUUACAUUCCAUAUUCUCGGGAUUGUUGAAGCUAAGAGACGUCUCUUAUAAAAGAAGACGAUGCGAUGAAAUUUCUAUUCACAAUAGAACAGUAUUUUGAAUUUCAAUUCGUUUCAUCAUCGAGACUCUCUUGAUCACUCUUAUUAUAGUUACAUUAUUGAUUAAAAUACACAUACAUUGUCAUGUAUGUGUAUUUUACUACGACUUAUAACCACGUAUUGUACGAAAUGUAUUUCUUUAUUUAGAUUAGCACCGAGUUAAUAUUCAUUCAUGACUGCACGUGUAUUUUUGACCUUCUGUAAAAGAAAUUAUAAAAUAUUGCUCUCAGACAACAUUGUCUUCAUCUACUCAAUACAAGCAUUGCGCCUAGUGGAAAGGCAUGUAACUACUGUGGUGAAUAAAAAAUCAAUUUAACUAAUUAAUACUACAUGUUACUAUAAAUAUUUAGUACUGUAGUAAUGUACAGUACUAAAUUCUACAGUUAUACUACAGUACAGUACUACAUUACGUAUUCAAAAUUUGUAGUGUUUUGAUAUAAAGUUUUGCAGAAUGUAUAGCUAAUUUUAAUUACAGUAUCUUUAUUUAAUGCUGUCUAGAGCAGUGUUUCGCAACCUUUUUCUACUUGCGGCACACCCACGACUCGACAUGACUCAACACGGCACACCAAAAUUCCAAACGUCGAGAAACCCAGCUCACACAAAUAGGUAGUUGAAAAUAACAAUAACACAUUAACUGUCAUCUCGGAGAUAACGGCAUUCACUCCUUAUUGCCAACCGAAAUGUAUCCAAAGGCACUUCGAGGAGUUUUAAUUUCAAUGUUCUGUGUGCUUUUAAUUCUGCGAGUUCCUCUUGUAAAUUAAUUGAUAGAGAUUCUGAAAUCGCAACGAAUAGUUCACGAACCCAGUCAAUAUCUUCAACACUGUCUCCAAAGUACUUCUUGAAUCUCUGCUUCAGGAUUUGUAAAUGUUCUUUAAUUAGGUCUAUCAUCAUUUUAUUUCUGAAAGCAAGUGACCAUACAGUCUAGAACAUUUCAAACGAAACAUUUUAAGUUUACUGUAUCCUCAAAUUUAGCUUAUUCACAAAUCCUUGAAUCUUGCAUUUUUCUGUUCAGCUCAUUCAAGUGUAUGAAAAUAUCGGAAGAUACUCCAACUUAAUAUCCAUUCAUCAUCUGUAAAUAAAUCCGCGUACUCAUGUCCCUCGACAGUCAAAAAUGCACGUACCUCGUCUUUAAGUUCCAAUAUUCGCGUUAACACUUUUCCUCGUGAUUACCACCGUACUUCUGCAUGUAGCAGGAGUGUGGUGUGUUCUGAUCUGAUUUUCUGACACAAUAUGGAAAAUAGCCGCGAAUUUAAGGGUCGCGAUUUGACGAAAUUCACGACAUUUACUACUUCGUCCAGCACAACUUUUAGAGAAGGUGACAAAGAUUCUGCAACAAUGGCUUCGCGGUGAAUAAGACAAUGAUCGCAUCGUGUACUUGAGCUAUAAGUCCUUUCACUCGGCCUGUCAUAGCUGUGGCUCUGUCUCUACAAACACUAACAAGGUCCUUCCAUGUUAAUCAAUUUUGGAGCGCAUAUUCGUUAAUCACACGAAAUACUUUUUUUUUCACCGGUGGCUCGCUCGGGAAGUUGUUUCCAAAAAAGAAAUUACAGGUAAUUGCAAUUAUAUUAUCAUCGAUGCACCUAAUAUAAACAAGAAGUUGUGCGUGGCCGCUAAUAUGGGUGGACUAGUCGAUCUGAAGUGAGAAAUUUCGACUGCUGUUGAUUUUCUUCUCCCUAACGUAUUCAAUAUUACUGGACAUCUCAAUAAUUAUAACUAUUAAAUUUAAUACAAGAUGGCGCCUAACGUCUCCCUCUAAUUGUUUGGUAAUUUAUUAUUAUUAUAAUCGUUAUAUAGUUCAAUGGCAUACGGCAGUGGUUAGCUUUAGUAAUAUAAUGUAUCGGAUUUUCGUACUGUUGCUUACUUAUUGUGUGAUUAUUCGCAUUUGUUUUAUGAGUAUUUUGAUACAUUUCACCGAAAAAUUGAUCGUAUUUAAAGACACAAUAUUCGUGUGCAGUAAUUUUAAUCGCGAUAAUUCAUCCGUUAUAUUUUACCAUGCUUGUUUCAAUCUUGUCGCGCAUUCCAAACAAUAGUUUCAUUUCAACAAUUCGUAGUAUUGUUCAAAUCUAUAUAUAUAACCCAUUCAACGGGUAUCCGUCUGUCCGCGUAACGGUAUGAUAACUAGCGAAGAUUUUAAAUUAACAAGAAAUUAUUUUUAUUCGUAAUAGGAAUUUAUUAUUGAUGCGAAUUUAUUAUUUAUACCACGGAAUGGUAUAAAUAAUUAUUAUAUGCCUUGUCUUGUCUUAUUAUAUGCCUCGAUUAACCUUGCGCAGCACGUUUACGACAUUCCGUGACUCGGUGAACGUCGCGCAUUGACUCACGGGAAAUUUGUUGAAAAAAUGGCGGAUACAUUUAAAAUUGAGGUUUACAGGCGAAGGUAAUAAAACAAAUUAAACUACUGUAUUUUAAAGUAUUUAUAACCAUAAGGCAGAUAAUAGGAAGGGCUU